GAGCUCUGUACCUCUACCUCUACCUCUACCUACAUCCGCCAUUCGAUUUCCCUGCUCCUAUCCAUCCAUCAGAAGAGGCUCGGCUCGGCUCGCCCGCCGCCUCCGCCUCCGUCGCCGUCGUCGCCGCCGAUCCAACCGCCCGCCCCCACGCACCCACGCACGGGCCAGGGAGCCACCUGCGAAGAGACAAUCGCCAUGAGCUCGCUCUGCCCGUUCGCGAAAGCCACCACCGGCGGCGUGUGCCCCAUGAAAUCCGACAAGAAGCCCGACAAGAGCGGCGGCGGCGCUGCGUGCCCCGUGACUGGCAAGAGUCAUGGCAGCGAGAACAAGGAGAGCGGCGCCGACCGCGCCGCCGGAGAAGAGGGCGCAGAAGAGGACCCUCGCGUGGUGCCCGCAAAGUGCCCCUUCGGCUACGACUCCAACACCUUCAAGCUCGGCCCCCUUAGCUGCAUGGUCUGCCAGGCCCUGCUCCACGACGCCAGCAAAUGCAUGCCGUGCUCACAUAAGUUCUGCAAGGCGUGCAUAUCACGCUUUAAGGACUGCCCAUUGUGCGGUGCUGACAUAGAGGGGAUCGAGCCGGAUACCGAGCUCCAGGCCCUUGUCGAUCGCUUCAUUGACGGUCAUGCCCGAAUCAAGAGAUCGCUUGCUGGAGAAAGCAAGGAAGCAGCGGAUGGCAAGAGCAAAGUGAUAUACGAGGAUGUCUCCAUGGAGAGAGGUGCUUUUCUAGUGCAACAAGCCAUGAGGGCUUUUCGCGCACAGAACAUUGAAAGUGCAAAGUCGAGGCUCAGUAUGUGUGCAGAAGACAUCAGGGAGGAGUUGAAAUCUUCAGAAGAUAACCUAGACCUGUGUUCUCAGCUUGGGGCAGUGUUGGGAAUGCUCGGGGAUUGCUGUCGGACCUUGGGAGAUGCGCCUUCAGCGAUCACUUACUAUGAAGAAAGUGCCGAGCUUCUGUCGAAAUUGCCCAAAAAGGAUCUUGAGUUGGUCCAUACGCUCUCAGUUUCUCUUAACAAAGUUGGAGACCUUCGCUACUAUGGCGGGGACCUGCAAUCGGCAAGAAGUUAUUAUGCCCGUUCAUUAGAUGUUCGCAGAAAUUCAGUAAAGGAACAUUCAGCUGUGGCCUCCCAGGUCAUUGAUCUAGCAACCUCUCUAGCCAAAGUCGCGGAUGUUGAUAGAAACCUCGGUAACGAAGAUGCGGCUGUCGAGGGUUUUGAGGAAGCAAUCAAGUGCCUUGAGAAGUUGAAGCUAGAUUCUGAGCAAGCUAGCCUAGAACAACGGCGGUGCUCGGUUCUCGACUUCCUGCAGAAGCAAUUGCACGACAAGUAAGACAGAUGGUCCCAGUGUGUACUAUCCAUAACGAGGUUCGACCGACCGCAUCGUUGUUGUGUUGCAAUAUGGAAUGGUGCAUAAGGGAGGAGGGAGGUGCUCUAGAAUGGUUGCGCCCUGUGUGUAAUUCCAACCUCUGUCGUGGCACAAACAAUCUUAAACAAGGCCGCGUUGUACGUAUUCUAGGAGAGUUCUCUUCAGUGUCGCCAAUAUAUGCUCCAGGCUCUAGCUAGCUCCCUGUGGUCUUCUCCCAAGCCGAAACAACAGGGGUAAGGUGAAACUUGUCUGAAGCUCCUUGUUGCAUGUUGAAUCCGAUCGACCCCGUUGUAUAUCGACAAUAACACACAUAGAACUGCUAGAAUCUGGCCAUUUUGCUUGAAUUUUCUGUCGAGCUGUCUGCAUAAUAUUAUUAUUAUGGUC